AUGUUCUACAGCCAUGAAAUCCUCACCUCACCAGAGCACGGUGUCGCGACAAUAUGGCUAGUCGCAACUCUGGGAUCCAGGUCCAUUGCCAGAAGAUUAAACCGAAAAGCCAUCCUGGAUGUGGACGUCCCCAAUGCAUGUCGAGUUAUUAUCAAUCCCGAUGCACCCAUGGCCCUUCGGCUGCAGGGGAGCCUGCUGUACGGUGUUUCUCGAGUGUACAAUCAACAGUGCGGGUACACGCUGCUCGACACACAGGCGAUGCAUGACAAGAUGGUUUCCAAGUUGAAGAUCAUCCCGGGAAGUGGCCUUGAUCCCGCCGCUGGCCAGACCAAGCCCAGCAAUCUUAUCUUACCUUACGACCCGUCUUUCCUGCCCGAGACAGCUCUGCCGGGACUCGAAAUUGACUUCUCCUCCUUCACUACCACCACGGACGAUAGCUCGAGCCAACUAAGUGGCCUCUGGAUCAAGUCGCCCAACAAUAGCUUGUCUGGGACUUCACAGCUUUCAAGCUUGCACCUUGAGCUCCCAUCGGAUGAUAUCCUGGGUGAGGGUACUAUCCUAGGACUUGAUGAGAUCAAUGGGUCUGCGCAGAAGAAAGACCCUUUCGGCAACGUGACGGGGCUAGGAUUAGGCAAUGAAGAGGGUGUUCUCCUUCAACCUGACUUUGAAUUUGACGAGGAUGGCAAUAUCAUCGAGCUCGAUACCAGAGGGAAGUCUCCUCAUGCAAGGAAAUCCACCGUUGGUCCGAGAGUAAGUGAAGAACCGACAGACGACCAACAACGCCAGCUCUGCGAAGAUUCGAUGCAGAUUGAAGACGAGGAAGUCAGAGUGGCUGAUACCAACGACAUGAUGGAUCUCGACACCCGGACCGCAGAUGCCGCAAUUCUCCCGACAAAUGAAGGACUUGGUGGGGUUGAAGAAACAGUUGAGAUUCAAGCAGUGAGGACCCGCCGUGUCAGGCGCCCAAAGGAGAUCAUCUCUGACGACACCACGGCGCUUCGAAACAUGACGCUGGCCCAAUGGAACAAUGAAUACGUUGCGAACAUGAUCCAAGCACUGAACCAGAAGCAGCAAAACAAGAUUCCAACCAUUUCGAGGAAGAAUGCUGCUUUCUGGGUUUUCGGUCAGGGAAUAGGCUCGGUUGGAGUCGGACUGGGAAUGGACCAUGAACAGCAUCCGCUCAGCCUCUACUCAGGCGAGGAUCUGUUUGAAGCCGUUGGUGGAUACCCUCAGCGAAAAGGGCGAAAGCGCAGCGCAGAUGACGAUGAACUAUCGGAGGGACGUCGAGUACGCGCGAGAGACGAACAAGCAGAGCAUCUCAGCCGCGAGAACAUUGACCGUCUCAACAGGGAAGUUGAAGUCGGUCGUGAUGCCCCUUCGAGUCUGUUUGACGACCACUCGUCCCAGAUGCCAUGGAAUCGAGCUGUCUUCUCAGGACGUAAGCCCCGAAGCCGUCUCACUAGCGCCAGUCCGCUUGCCGGGCGCAGCUAUUUCGGGGGACAAGACCAACAUAGCCUCGAGCUCCUAGGCGAUUUCGGAGACGACCUAGAUCUUACUCGUUAUCUCGAAGGCGAGCUUGCGACGGACCGCGAGAAUAUCAGCUCACUCUCGCCAAGUAAGCGCUCUGCUCUUGAACGUGUCAAGUCAACUCUUGAUCGGGAAAGCUUGAAUUUCAUCGGGUUCAUGAAGACCAAGAUGGGUACUGCUAACCAUGACAAAGCAGGAGAUGCACAAACCCCGAACAGUAACGUGUCCAGCAAGGUCGCGGCCAGACUCGGCCAGACCACAUUCGCGAGUCUCCUUCCUCCUGGAAGUACGACGCGAGCUGUCGCGACCCAGGCUUUGAUGAAUGUUCUCACGCUUGCGACAAAGGGUGUGCUGCAUGUCCACCAAGACGAGUACAUCGACGAAACCACUGAGUGGGAAGUCCGCUAUCGCUAUGGCGAAAUUUUCCUGCGAUUAUCGGGAAUCUGA